UUACUGUUGUGACUAGUACGCAGAACCAAGUCUGUCCAGCUGAAAGACUGACAGCGUCAAGCAUGUUUCAAAAGGGGGAGGAAGCUUGUGUCCCUGGCUAAGGUUCAGCUAAAACUGCUUUUGGAAAUGGCCCUGCUGUUACUGGGAUUGAGGUUACUAUCUGGAACAUGGACUUCUACUCGUGUUAUAGCACCAGUUACAAAAGAACCGAAAACAAUGGCUGUUUUGUAUUCGCACUGGGAAAGGUUAAUGUGACAUGUUAAUGGGUCUCUGUGAGUCACUGCAGGAGAUGUCACAGUGGAGGACCAGCAACAAGCAUACCAUUGAAGCUGCCCAUCAGCACACGGUAUAAUACAUAGAAACUCUAGUAUUCUACAGUCACUGAGUUUGUUGUCGCCUGACACCACUUGCUUGAAGAUGGCCCUGAGCAGUGUUGUUUGGGUGCACUGGAUUCCUGCCAUUCUCGCGGCUUGUGUGGCCCUUGUGAAUGGGCAUGAAGUUCUAGAGGGACACUCCAUCACCCUGCCCUGCAGUUACUCUGUCAGAAGGAAUGGAUUAAGCGCCGCGUGCUGGGGAAGGGGUUGUGGCACCAUGUGGUGCAGUGAUGAAAUCAUUCAAACCGACGGGAACCGUGUCACCUCCAAACUGUCAGAGCGGUACCGCUUAAAUGGGAAUAUACUGGAUGGUAAUUUGGAUCUGACUAUACUGAACACAGGGAAAGCAGACAGCGGAUCAUACUGCUGCAGGGUGGACAUUGCUGGAUACUUUAAUGAUCUAAAGGUAUCUUUAACUUUAAAAGUUGUAAAAGCUCCUGCAUUGACGACAGCACUGCCAAACCCACUUCCCCCAACCUUCAGAGCUGAGAAUCACAACACAUCAGAGCCACAUCCCCCCACAAGCAGUUGGAGUGGUGGACAUUCUUUCCAACUGUCAGCAACACCAAAGUGGAAUUCCAGUCUUCUGCAAACGGGUGACAUUGAAGGAAGUGCUUUAAAAAGUGAUUCAUUCAACGUUCCUGUUGUGGGUCUAUGUGUAUCGGCAGUCAUCUUGCUCUUAAUAAUUGCUCUAGCAAUUCUUCUUGUUUUUAAACGUAAACUUUUAAAAGGAGCUCAGAAACACAUUGGAAGUACAAGGCCUACAGUAACACUGGAACCCAAGCACAUCAUUUAUCAAAUGCAGACAGGCAGACAAGUGGAAGAAAAUAUUUACAGUUUGGAUUAGCUGUCUGUCUACCACAGAACCCCACCUUCCACCAACCUGCUUCCAGAUCACCUUUACCUUCGUCCGAUUGAAUCAGAACAACUCAGGGUUUCUUAACCCAGCACUCACAUCAGCAUUCUGAUUGACCACAUGCUUGUGUUUAUUAUUUAUUCAUUCGGUGGGUUAUUUUAUUACAUCGAUUACAGAUUACAGACAACUUACUAAAUCCAAACUCACACACAGCAGGCUAUUUCAAUUUAUUAUUAUUCAUUCUUUUCAUAAUUUGCACUUUCUCCAGCAUUUUGGCUGAACAGUCGAGUGGCACAUAUACUGUUAUAAAAGUAAUGAAGAAAAAUUAUACAAUUAUUUAAAACACUGUUAGCAGCAGGGUAGCCUGAACAGACAGCAGUUUACAGAAAACACAAAGUUACUAUUAAACUACAGUCUGUUAGUCUGUCAGUGCUCACAAUGUAUAUACAAUUCGUUGAGAUUACUCAGUGCUGUGCCUGGGGCAGCCUUUUCCUGGUACAGAAUAGGUCAGGCCCUACAAUAAAAAAGAAUUGCUAGUGUUAUGAAACUAGAGCGCAUGCAGAGGGCAUGUUCUAAGACAAGGCUGUCAAACUCCUGGAGGGCCGCAGUGUCUUCCAUUCCACCCGAGCUCUCAAUUACUGAAUUGGUCUAAUUAUUUGAUUAAUUGGACACAUUUUACACUUCUCUCCAGGCCUCAAAAUGUUUUAUAGGUUGUGUACCUUGAAUUAAGAGCAUUGAAAAUAUAUGAAAUAUAUCAAAAAACGUGAUCAAUUAUGUUAAUUGAGAGCUUAAUUUGGAAUGAAAAACCAGAAGACCCUGCGGCCCUCGGACUGGAGUUUGACAUUCCUGUUCUGGCUUUAGCAGGAUUUUAUUCUAUUUAGGAAAAAGAAAAGCAAAAGUGUGUAAACGUGACCAAUUCCUCUGUAUUCCUGAGUAGGCAAAUUUAGUGUAACUAUAUUAAUUACGAGACCAUUUUAGCUUCAUGUUUGCUUCCAAGCUUUAUGUAUACCGCAGAUCCACAUGAUCAUCAAAUCUUAGUUUUAUAUCUAACCAAAGUUUUUCUAUUAAAAAAUAUUGUUGUAGUAAACAAACACAUGGAUGUCUGUUUUUUAAACAACUGCAAUUUUGGAGAUAAAACCAGGUCAAACUCAAACACCCUCCUUAUUACAGCCUGCCAGCAACCCAGUCACUGAUACAUUUCCUGCAUGCCCACAUUAGAAAAUACAACAUUUAAAGGUGUAGUUCCCCAUAUUUUAUCUGUCUUACUAAAGACCACUUUCCAUUCUUUUUUUCCUUUGUAAGGUAUAGCUUGCCACUGGUGCAGAUAGAUACAGUGGUAUGUCUCUUAUCCAGGCUGUCCAGUGGUAAGCAGGCUUCAAUAGGAGGAAGCUUGUGCCUACUGAAUUAAAUCACAGUAGUUAUUAUUAUUUAUUAUUAUUUGUUUAUUUAGCAGACGCCUUUAUCCAAGGCGACUUACAGAGGCUAGGGUGUGUGAACUAUGCAUCAGCUGCAGAGUCACUUACAAUUACGUCUCACCCGAAAGACGGAGCACAAGGAGGUUAAGUGACUUGCUCAGGGUCACACAAUGAGUCAGUGGCUGAGGUGGGAUUUGAACCGGGGACCUCUUGGUUACAAGCCCUUGUCUUUAACCACUGGACCACACAGCCUCCCAGUGAUUUGUAUUCGUUGUUAUUAGGUGAAUGCAAGCCAGUAAGUAAAACAAAGGUUAACCACUGGGGUGUGGUGUGAAAAUGACAGUUAAACCCCACUAGAAUGUGUGUGGGUGUAGGAGCUUGGACACUGACCAUUAUAAAUACAAUAUUGCCACCUAGUGGUCAUUAACCAUACCGGUUCAAAAGAUACAAGAGCACGUUUAAGUUUUUAAUCCAGUACAAUGAAAUAUUUUUUAUUUACAGAUAUAAAACCAGUCCAGACACCCUUAUCUAAGUAUCCUACCAUCCGGACAACUGGUGUAGUAGAACGAGGGAGUCAUGAGAUUGAGAAAUGUCUACAAUAAAACUGACAGGAGGGAGAUGGAAGUACCAGUGUUGUCAUUAAAAUAAUGUCCACUGGGUGGCGACAGUUUCACAAAAAUGCUAUGGUAAAAAGCCUUGCUUCAAACCGAAAUAGAAAACUCUGGGAGAAAUAUGAUAAUAGGUUGGUUUGUUUUUUAAUAUAUGUGUUCUCACAUUCAGAGCCUGUAUUCUCAAAUCUAGCAAGUCAGUGUGGUUGGCGUGUCUUGUGCUGUUACAGGUCAGUCCAUGUUGCUGGUUAAGAUCAAUCGCUCAGAUUGAUCUGCUUCUCUUCUGCCUAAUCAAUGAGUGCUAGUCACAGAACUCUAAGAAGCCUGAUUAAUGGUGACGCGUGUAGCUAUUGUCAGAACAAUUAUUCUAAACAUAAAUCCAAUUCCAAUUAUGCACCCCAAAACACACACAGACCCACAAAGCAGGCUAAUACGAAUGGAUUGGAACACCUUGUAUACUCUACUUGAAGUUGCAGAAGGUGUUGGGUGUGAACAUGUGUUUUCAGUGUGAUAAUCCCAAUUUACUGCAUAGGGAACUGCCUGCUGUGGUGCAGCCCUGCUAAACAGUAAACCUGUAUCUGCAGCAAUGUUCGACCCCAAAUUGCACAGGUUUAGGAUGGGUUUGACAAGGUUAUUGUAAGACACUGUCUCUAGGAUAAGCUUUCUAAUUGCAAUGUACUGCUCACCUGCGAGGAGGUUCGCAGUGUUUAGAGUGACAGUUUUGUUUUUGACCUGAGUGACUGAAAGCAUUUUUAUAACAUUCACACCUCUUGGUUCUAUUGUGUUUCUAACUCAGUCAUUAGAGCAAAGCCAAUGGGCUGAAUAAAUGGUUAUGCUUGGCUUAGCACCCUCUUCUGGUGGAGUCUAGAAAGUAUUGUGUUGGGCUUGUUCCACAUACUUUAAAAUUGAGCACACUUGUAUGUGAACAUUUCAGGAGUGAAACAAUUCUGAUAAGUGCUGUAUUUUUCACUGUGACGUCUGUAUUUGUCAUUGUUUUCUGUUAGGCCAGCAUAUGACAAAGCCACAAGAAAGUGGAACGAUCAGUGUGUUAGAGUCUUUAUUAUUACCACACAUAAUAACAAUACACUGGGCCUUCUCAUAAGCCUGUCUCUCCAGGGCCUAUUACCAUUAAUACAAUAAUCAUUAGAUUCCGUUUUACUUUCUGAGACAAAAACAUGUCUGUGGUAAUUAAUAAGUAAAGCAUAGCCUCUUACAGUGGUUCUUUCCCCCUCUUUAAUGUUUGUGUUUACAAUAAAUGCUGUUGUGUCAGAACAUAUUCGGUUUUCUUUGCCUCAUUAAUAUUAUUUUAAGAUUACAUAGGUAAUUAUAUACUACAUUGAUAUGAUUCCGUUGUCUCAAAAUUCACCAAGAAAAAUACACCUGUUUUCCA